AUGAGCAAGGUUCAUGUUGUCACAGCUGCUCGAACUCACCGAGCAAACAGUAACAUGUUGCUGCAUGAAAUGAUUUCUGGUUCAUUGAAACAAGAAGCAGCUAUUCAGACGAGUUGCAGCUUUUCAUUCUUGAUGGAACUUCUUGGCAACAGGACAAAUGGCACUAUAUUUAUGUCCCAUUCCUUGAGUAGCAAAUGCCAAGUGAACCUGAUGACAGUGUUGAUUCUUUCUCGAGGUAAUUGUCGCCUUUCCCAUGGAAUCUCUUGCUACAUGAAGGCCAUGGCAACGGCAAAUCUGAUGGUCCUUGUCUUCACUGUGCUUGUGAGCCAGAUCAUCAGGAAUCAUUUCCCAGGCUCACCGUUGAACUACACUCCUAUCUGCCAACUCAAUAUUUUCCUGCAAGGGCUGAGCCUCCAUCUCACCGUCUGGUUCACCAUAACUUUCACCUUCGACCGUUUUGUAGCAAUUUGCUGCCACAAAUUGAAGGCGAGAUAUUGCACUGAAAGAAUGGCCAAUGUGGUCAUAACCACUGUGACCGUGGUUAACAUUAUGAUCAACAUUCCCUUACCUUUUCGCUACGAGGCUGCUUAUGUUGCGAACAGUGUGCAGUGGGGCUGCCAUGCCAUUACCAAUUAUCACACUUCACCAGGCUGGGCAGCUCACCGGUGGGUCACCAACAUCUCAAACUCAUUUGUUCCUAUUCCCCUGCUCCUGUUGAUGAAAUCUCUCACCACCCGGCACAUCCUAAUGGCCAGCAGGGCUCGCCGAGCCCUGAAGAGCAGCAGCAGUGCUAGUGCUGUGAAGAUGGGCAGUGACCCCGAGUUGAAGAGCAGGAAGACCUCCAUCGUUCUACUCUUUACCAUUUCUGGAUGCUUUGUGAUGCUUUCGGCGCCCAUCACUGUGAUCGAUGUGUGUAUUGGUGUCACCCAGACAGUGGCUGUCCAGGAUUCGAACUCACUCUACUUGGCAUUCAGGGUGACAUUCCUGAUGAUGUGCUUCAGCUCCUGCACAAACACGUGUAUUUACGCACUGACCCAGAGGAGAUUCAGAGAGGAGAUGAAGAAUCUGGCAAAAUCUCCCUCUUCUCUGCUCUGUAAGCUACAUAAAUAA